GCCCUAAAAACUAUCAGAUUUUGUCGUGUCAUAAUUGAACAAGAGUCUAAAUACAUUUAACGGUAAAUCCAAGCAUAUGUGUCUAUUUCAAUUAUGGUCUAAUAUCGUCGCAAAAGAUUUUCAUCACAAGGAGAACAGUCUCCUAGCGACAUCUCCUUUACGGCAAAUGGAAUAUGGCGGAGACUGAGAAAUCCCAAGACGGACUGGAGCUCAGCAAGGAAUGGCUGGAUGCUGCAGACAGCAGGGCGGAGCUGCUCCACUACCUGAAGGAGCAGGUGCCUCAGAUCUUCUGUCUGAAGAAAGAGUCCAACCCUCAGGAGGAAGAGGAGCUCACGCAGAGCCGACUCCUCCACCCUCUGGAGUGUUUCUUGUUUGGAGAAGAUCCUCAGGAGGGUCUGGAGAAGCUCAAGCAUAGCAGCACCUCCUCCCAGCUCUGUGGACGUGUCUUCAAAGAGGGAGAGACUGUCUACUCUUGCAGGGAUUGUGCAAUAGAUCCCACUUGUGUCCUGUGCAUGGAUUGCUUCCAGGAUAGUGUGCACAAAAGCCAUCGUUACAAGAUGCACGCGUCAUCAGGCGGGGGGUUCUGUGAUUGUGGGGAUGUAGAAGCCUGGAAGAUUGGCCCCUGUUGCUCCAAACACGACCCAGGGGCAGCCACUGCCAUGGUAACGGAUGAGUGUGUGUUGGAGCCUGAGUUAUAUGAGCGUGCUGAGAAGCUGUUCCGGGUACUGCUGCGCUAUGUCACAGAUUUCUUGGUGUGGGAGGAAACCUUUGAGCUACCAGCUGAGCUCCAGCCCCGGUACGGGCCAACUGAUGCAUACUACUGUGUACUGUACAAUGAUGAGCACCACUCCUAUGACCAUGUGAUCUACACCCUGCAGCGCUCUGUUAACUGUGAUCAGACUGAAGCACAGACACACACAGCUCUUAUUGAUAAGGAGGGUCGGCGUGCAGUAAAGAGAGGAACCUUUCUUUCCUGCCAGGACGCAAAAGACCUUAUCAGGACCAACUCUGAGCACAUUUCCCUGCAGCCACUGCGUGUGGAGAUCCUUCACGCAGCAGUAAUGGCUCAUCAGACGUUUGCUCUGCGUCUCGGCGCCUGGUUCCAAAAGAUCAUCAGUUACUCAGUUGGCUUCAGGCAGGCGUUCUGUCAGGUGGCACUAGAGCCAAACACAGAUAGAGACCACCCUUGUCUAAUCAGCACACUCAUGCUGCACGAUGCCAGGAUGUACAAAGGAGCUCGCAAGAUAGUACAUGAGCUGAUUUUCUGUAGCAUGCUAAUGGAGACGGAGUUCAAGAGGCUUUUUGCAAUUGAGUUUACAAAGCACUAUAAGCAGCUGCAGAAGGAUUUCAUCAAUGAUGACCAUGAGAGGAGUAUAUCCAUCACUGCUCUGUCUGUUCAGAUCUUCACUGUGCCCACACUGGCCAGACAGCUGAUUGAAGAGGGUAAUGUCAUUAAGGUGGUAGUUGAUACCGUCAUGGAAUUGCUACAUGAGCAUCUGGACGAAACCAAUCGCUUCUACUUCCAGGGCUACAACUCAGACAAGUUCUCACGCAUCCAGGUCAUCUUCCACGACCUCAGGUAUAUUCUGAUCAGUAAACCCUCAAUAUGGACUGAAGACCUGCGGAGACAGUUCCUAGAGGGGUUCAAAGUUUUUCUUGGGCUUCUCAAAUGCAUGCAGGGUAUGGAGGAGGUGAAGCGCCAGUUUGGGCAACACAUUGCAGUAGAGCCAGAAUGGGAAGCUGGCUUUUCUCUUCAGAUUCAGCUUCGCCACAUUCUUGCCAUGUUUCAGGACUGGUGUUCCUCUGAUGACGAGAUCUUGCUGCUUGCGUUUAAAGAGUGCCACGAAAUCCUGAUGCAGUGCAAUAACCAGCCCUUCCAUAGAGAGGCCACUGACUACUACAUGUGCAAGAACAUCCUCCAUGUUCGUCCGUACAAAGUGUCUCAGGAGCCUGUCAGCAUACAUCUGCCCAUCUCCAGGCUACUGGCUGGACUGUAUGUACUUAUGUGCAGAACAGGGGCAAUUGAACAUCUGGAUAAUCCUGAGAGUUAUGACUACACCCAGCUGGCCGAAUAUCCUCUGCGCUGUGUGGUGCUGGCUGCUCAGGUCUCAGCCGAAAUGUGGCGGAGGAAUGGGCUUUCACUGGUCAGCCAGGUCUACUACUAUCAGGAUGUUAAAUGCAGGGAUGAGAUGUACGAUAAGGACAUUCUCAUGCUACAGAUAGCUGCUUCCAAAAUGGACCCCAACCACUUCCUCAUGCUGAUCUUAUUGAGAUUUGAGCUCUUUGAUUUUUUUAAUGGAAAUUGUUCAAGCAAAGACCAGGACGAAUUGAUACAGUGGAAUCGAUUGACAGAAGAGAUGCUUUACCUCCUGAUCGUCAUCGUUGGUGAGCGCUAUGUCCCUGGGAUCAGUCAGGUGACCAAAGAGGAUGUGACAAUGAGGGAAGUUAUCCACUUGUUGUGCAUCGAGCCCAUGGCGCAUAGUAGCCUGGUCAAAGGCCUGCCAGAGAAUGAAAGCCACGAAACAGGCCUGGAGACAGUAAUUGCCAAAGUUGCCACCUUUAAAAAACCAGGAGUAUCAGGACAUGGACUAUACGAAGUAAAAAAGGAGCGUCUGGUAGAAUUCAACCCUUUCUUCUACCAUUAUUCAAGAUCCCAGCAUAGCAAGGCAGAGGAGUCGCAGAAGAAGAGAAGGACUCAGGAGGGUAAUGAUAAAGCUCUUCGUCCUCCGGUGCCUCCGGCCUUCUGCCCAGGUUUCUCCAACAUAGUGCGUCUGCUCUGCUGUGAUAUUAUCAUCCACAUCCUGAGACGUGUCCUGCUGAGAGCUGCAGAGGACCGGGCGACUCUCUGGACAGAGGCCAUGAUCCAGAGGGCCCUGCACCUGAUUGGUCAGGCAUUACUUGAAGAGAAAACACAGCUUGAGGACAGCAGCGUGGAGGAAGUGACCUUUGAUUUCAGCCUGAAAGCUCGCAGAAUUGGUUCAGAACAAAGCAAGUCAGUGUUCCUCUUGUUGUCCAAGAUUAAGGCUCUUCCUUCCCUUGAAGCUCAGAAAGACAUGGUUAAAUGGGUUCUACAGAUGUUUGAGAUUGUCAAGUGCCUCAGGGAGAAGUCCAGUCCAACAGCAUCCAUGAGUGUGGAGACAACCAAGCCAGAAGAGAGUGCUCAGGACAAAGAGAAAGCUGAACGGAAAAGGAAGGCAGAGGCAGCCAAACUUCACCGCCAGAAGAUUAUGGCCCAGAUGUCAGCAAUGCAAAAGAACUUCAUUGAGUCAAACAAGAUGCUGUAUGAGAACAUGCCUGACAGUGGGAUGCAGGGAGAGCCUGUUGCAACUACUGAGAGCUGUGCCAUGGAGCAGAGGGAACUGUGUGUAGCCAUUGGGCCCCACAGAGGGUCAACCCCACCUGAGAGGGAGGUGCUGACCUGCAUCCUUUGCCAGGAGGAGCAGGAAGUGGUGGCUCAGGCUCCAGCCAUGGUACUGACCGCAUGUGUCCAGAGGUCCACAGUGCUGACACAGUGCAGAGGAAAGAUACCGACCAACAGAGCAGAUGGGUCGGGGACAUCAUAUCCUCUGUUCAUGCCUCCUGAACUUGCAGUGGGGACCCACACUGGCAGCUGCGGACAUGUCAUGCAUGCCACAUGUUGGCAGAAAUACUUUGAGGCAGUCCAGAAUACAACCAGGAACCGGCUCCACGCUGAGCUGAUCAUCGACCUGGAGAAUGGGGAGUACCUAUGUCCCCUGUGCAAGUCUCUGUGCAAUACUGUUGUCCCUCUCAUCCCACUGGAACCACUAACAUUUAACUAUGAGAAUGCAGAGAUAAUUGGACAGCAUUUGACUAUGCCUCGCUGGAUCCAGAUCCUCUCUGCCAGGAUUAAAGGACUCAAGUCAGUCACUCAGGAUAAUGAUUCCAACACAGAAGGCAACAGUGGUGAUGGGGACACGAUGGCCCUGUGCGGAGAGGGCCAACCAGACUUUAGAUCCAUUCUCAGCUAUGGAGUACAAGAACCGAGGAAGUUCUCAGACAGCAUAGCGGAGAUGCUGGUCGUGUGCGCCACCACAGUCCACAGGGUGGGACUACAAACAGCGCCCAAUGAGCUGUGUCCUCGUGUGCCCCUUAUGGCUUGGAACACAUGUGCCUUCACCAUUCAGGCCAUAGAAAACAUAUUGCAGGAAGAGGACAAAUCGCUCUUUGGGUCCUUACAAAAUAGACAGCUUGCAGGUCUAAAGGCAAUCGUUCAGUUUUCAGCAUCACAGAGACUUAAGAGCUCUCAGGCUGUAAUCCAAAGGCAUUUCACAGACAUGCUGGGGGUCUUGCUACCAGUCAUGAGCAGAAAAAACACCCCCUCAGUUCUGGAGGUGGACUUCUUCCAUCUUCUGGUGGGAUUGGUGUUGUCUAUACCCUCACUGUACCAGGAGGAGGCUGUAGACUUACAGCCGUCUGCUGUCAGCUCUGCCUACAACCACCUGCACAUCUUGCAUCUGGUUACCAUGGCGCACAUGUUACAGAUCCUCCUGUCCUCUACAGAUUUCAAUGCAGUGGCAGGUGGGGAGGAGACAGAGGAGGCGAGAGCAGCAGCAGAGCUGUACAAUACAGUGUCGCAACACACUGGAAGGCUGGUUCCAGAUGUGUCCGGCAGCUCUGUGGCAGAAAGAGUGAAGAGAGGAAUUGAACCUUUCCUGCGCUGUGCUGCUCUAUUUUUCAACUGCCUUACAGGAGUACAUCCUCCAGAGGAGCUUUUUGGUACCUCUAUUACCUCUCAAGGACAGAUGGAGGCACUAUGCAGUUACCUGGCACUACCCUCCAAUGUGUUCCAGCUCUUCCAGGAGCAUAGAGACACUGUUAAUCCACUGCUGCAGAGGUGGUGUGGGAGCUCAGCUAUAACCAAAGCCCUGAAAGGCAAAACCCAGACAGUCAGAUACCCCAGGAGAAGGAAUCGUUUGAUUGAUCUUCCUGAGGAUUACAGUGCUCUCCUCAAUCAAGCCAGCCAUUUUCAGUGUCCCAAGUCUACAGAUGAUGAAAGGAAGCACCCGACCUUGUGCCUGUUCUGUGGGACCAUGCUGUGCUCUCAGAGCUCCUGCUGUCUCAGCCAGCUGGAUGGGGAGGAUGUUGGCGCAUGCACCGCCCACGCUGCCACCUGUGGUGCUGGUGUGGGAAUGUUCCUCAGGAUAAGAGAGUGUGAAAUUGUUCUGAUGGCCAGUAAGACUCGAGGAAGCACGUACCCUGCUCCUUACCUGGAUGAUUAUGGGGAGACUGAUCCUCAUCUUGGAAGGGGCAAUCCACUGCAUCUUUGCCCAGAGCGCUACAGGAAGCUGAACCAGCUGUGGCAGCAGCACUGCAUCCUGGAAGAAAUCGCUCGCAGCCUGGAGGUGGUCAACGUGAUGUUUGCUUUUGAGUGGCAGAUGUUGUGAUGAUUGUUCCAGCCGUGGCCGAUGGCUGGGAAGUAAAGAGCACAGCCAUACAGCACAGUCUGCUCCAGUGCUCCUGAGGCAUGCGCACGCACCCACACACAUAUUACACUUACACACAAGCAAACAACCCUCCUACAAUCAAAGGAGGUCUGAGCAGCCAACCCCUCCCUGAUUUAAAAAUCCCUGCUGGAGUCCAGAGAGGUGGAACAGUCACAAGAGCAAAAGGAAGAAUAAUGGGGGGUGAUGAAUAAUGUGCAAACCCAAGUCGCCUUGUUUUAAUUUGAUUGUCUGCUGUGGGAAUGAGUUUCUCCUCCAGUAAUGUUAUUUGCAGAGGCUCAUUCAAAUAAAGACAAACAUCAGAUACACACUAA